GCGAAGUGAGUGCGUGAAGAUCGCUCUUCGUUCGACGGUCCGCGAUUCGACAACCUGUGUAAAUACUCGCGAUCCUACGCAUAGAACGAGAGGAGUCUCAGAGACGUAGGAAAUUACAUAGACAUCAAAAAAAUACACACGAUGAGUUCUGCAUUUCCGGAGGGCGCACCCAUUUACGGGCCCUUUUUCGGAGUAAUGGGCGCUGCCGCUGCUAUUAUAUUUUCCGCUCUGGGGGCGGCUUAUGGCACAGCCAAAUCAGGUACAGGCAUCGCAGCGAUGUCUGUUAUGAGGCCAGAACUUAUUAUGAAAUCCAUCAUUCCUGUUGUCAUGGCGGGUAUUAUUGCUAUUUAUGGGCUGGUAGUAGCGGUUCUUAUUGCCGGUAAUCUACAAGAACCACCAACCUACACUCUUUAUAACGGUUUUGUCCACCUGGGUGCUGGCUUAGCCGUAGGUUUUUCUGGUUUAGCUGCAGGAUUUGCCAUUGGUAUUGUGGGAGAUGCGGGUGUAAGAGGCACUGCACAACAGCCUCGCCUCUUUGUCGGUAUGAUCUUAAUUCUCAUCUUCGCAGAAGUAUUGGGUCUCUAUGGUCUCAUCGUUGCCAUCUAUUUGUACACAAAAUAAACAGCGCGUAGAGGCAAGAAUGCAAAACUUGUCGCCUGCAACCAACAACGCUCCCCGACUAUUAAAUAUUGCAACUUGUUUCAACAUUUUACUUAAUCAUAUACACACAUUACUUCGUUCAUACUCGCAUCGCCUCACUUGCGCAUACUUCUGUAAUGUUAUAUUCAACUCCAUAUGUUAGAACUCGUGCAUUUAACGUCUAUACAAAUCAUAACGUGAAAGAUGUAUCUAUUGGAAGUACUGCGAUACAAACAUUGCUGCGGCAAGUCGAGACACGAAUGAUUUAAUUGAAUGAAUUAUUUCGAUCUUACGAAAGGAGGACGAAAUUUAAUUAAAAGAAAAAGUGAAAAUUCACAGGCGACAGGGAAUUACAUAGAGGAAAAAUACCCCAUGUCCCACGAUGAAACAUUUCUCUCACUGUAUAGUAAUCAUUUCUAGCGUAGUUUGACAUUGAAUUAUCAAUUAAAAUAAUCGGCUCUACUGAAUGUAUAAAGAUGAGAAUGUUAUUCAUAAAAGAAUACUUAGCACAAUUAUAAUAUUAAAUGUAAUUGAAGUGGCAGUAUAUACAGCAUGCGACAAAGUACGAGGAAACGAAAGUACAUUUUUAAGAGGGAAGAAAGCCAGCAACAAAUGUUUGAAUUAUUAUGCAUGUAAAAGACGGCAUAAUAUAUACAGUCGUCGUACUAUGAUGGUUCUGUAACAAAAAAAAAAAUAAUAAUAAUAAAAAAAUAAAAAAAAACAGAAUUCGUACAACCGAGAGAGGAUGCAAGGGGGACAAAGAAUGGUGUGUUAAGAGAGAGUCAACGGAAGAAGCGUGAAUGUAUUACGUAAAUGGAAAAAAAAUGAAAAAAAAAAACAGAUAUGAUAGUAUUAAGUCAAUUGAAAAAAGGCUGCUGGACGUAAACGGCAUUUUGCGUUGUCUCUGAUCAUUGAGCAAAAUGCUAUCUUUGAUCACCGAGCAAAGUGUAUUGGGUUAUAGCAAAGGCCAGCGAUUAACCCAAUGGGAGAAAAAGAAUCGAAAUUAUUUCGUGUCCUAUCUGAAAUAUUGCACAUUAGUUUGCGAUUAGAGGAUAGGCACGGAAUUAUGAGUCGACCAACUUUAUUAUACGUGCCAGCAGAAAGAUGAUGGUGUUAUAGAAAGGAAAAAAAAAAUUUCGCUUAUCUAAAGAAUCGUAUUACGAGAUAAAUGACGGAUAAAAAACAAUUUGUACAUUCCAUAAUAAGUUCGUUCGUUCAGUGCAGGUGAGCGGGCAGUAGUAACGUUUGUCAAACGCGUGGUCGUUAUCCAUUUUUUUGUUCUCUUCUUUUUUCUUUGUUUUGUUUUUCCGAUGAUAAUAACAAUGCAAUACGACAUAAUACAAAUACAAUACAGCAACAUAAUGUUAAACAAAUACAAAAAUACAUGCUACUUUGGAACAUUAAGAAAACUAUUCGCACACACGCUAUUUUAAUUUGAAGCUUCGCUGAAGGCUCUGCCAAUUCGCGAGAGGACAAAGCAUCAUAAGAAAAUGAAAUUGUAAAAUUUCUUUUGUUCGGAUUAAUCGUCAUGGGAGCUGACGAUUAGUCCCAUCAUAGAUGUGUACGGCCUUUCACAAUUGGUCAUCGCCAUUUCCCUUAACCACCUCAUCGAUAGAUCAAUCAAUCAUCCAACCAACCAACCAACCAACCAACCAACUUACCAACCUGUGACCUUACAUUCGAAGACACGAGAUGAUGCUGUAUUCUAACGACAAAAAUGAAACGUUACGCCCACUUGCCGUGUUCAACAUUGAUUGUGCAGUAUUUUUUACACCUGCGAGAAUGAAUGAUGGGCUCGUUUUAAGUAUACAUUUAAGGGCACAUUUAUUGGUAAAAAGAACGUGAAACACGUUUUGAACUUCGGAAAUUAGAUAAAUAAAAAAAAUGUCCUUCGAUGGAGGAAUCUUUCAGAGUACAAAGAGAGAAGAGCACUCACGUCCUUUUCUGGAAAAUGUACUGAUUCUUUGGAGGAAAGAAAAAAAAAAAAAAAGAAAAUGAACCAAAAGCUUUUGUCAGAAUCAUUCGAUGGAAGGAAACGAACUUUUGGCAAAUUCCUAAAAUGUUUGUUGUUCCAAGAAAAUCUGAGGAAAGAAUGCGUGAUUAAGAACUGAGUUGAGAAAGGAACGAGAGUCGAAUAAAGAGAGAAAAAAGAGAAAAAACGAAAGAAGAAAAAAGAACUUUAGAUCUCGUAAAGAAAAA